CCUCGGUGCACAUCCUAACACUGAAGCAGUUUCAAACGAACUCAUUAAUUGUCGUUCAAUUUAGUGUAAGUGGCGCAGCUAAAGUUCACUGACCGCUAAAUCUCUCCCUCUCUAAUUUUCUCAAACAUACGCUCUGUUAUUCUAUCCCGAACAAGAAAUGGCGUUGUUUGCCAAACUAUACAGGUCAUCUUCCGUUAUCAAGGCCCAUUAUCUCCAUCACUGCCUCCGCUCCAUGAGCAAUGUGCCGGAAAACACUGUCUACGGCGGACCAAAGUCCCAAAACCCUAACGAGAGAGUUACUCUAACUCAAUUGAAGCAAAAGCACAAGAAAGGUGAGCCCAUAACUGUCGUCACAGCCUACGAUUAUCCCUCUGCAGUGCACCUCGAUCAAGCUGGCAUUGAUAUUUGCUUAGUCGGAGAUUCAGCCGCUAUGGUCGUUCACGGUCAUGAUACCACUCUGCCUAUAUCUCUGGAGGAGAUGCUUGUCCAUUGCCGUGCUGUUGCUCGCGGCGCCAAGAGGCCCCUUCUCGUCGGUGACUUGCCUUUUGGCACCUAUGAGUCCAGCACCAAGCAGGCGGUGGAUACAGCUGUACGGGUUUUGAAGGAAGGAGGAAUGGAUGCGAUUAAAUUGGAAGGAGGUUCACCUUCCCGAAUUACAGCUGCCAAAGCCAUAGUGGAAGCUGGAAUUGCAGUUAUGGGUCAUGUAGGACUCACUCCUCAGGCAAUCAGUGUUCUUGGGGGAUUCAGGCCUCAAGGAAAGAAUAUUUCCAGCGCAGUCAAGGUUGUGGAGACUUCUUUGGCUUUGCAGGAAGUGGGGUGUUUUUCUGUUGUUUUGGAAUGUGUACCUGCACCUGUGGCUGCUGCUGCUACAUCUGCUCUUCGAAUUCCCACCAUUGGCAUUGGCGCAGGGCCUUUCUGCAGUGGGCAGGUGUUAGUUUACCAUGACCUUCUAGGAAUGUUGCAGCACCCACAUCAUGCCAAGGUUACUCCAAAGUUUUGUAAGCAGUAUGCGCAAGUGGGAGAUGUCAUAAACAAAGCUCUGCUUGAAUACAAAGAAGAAGUAACAAACAGUUCAUUCCCAGGUCCUGCCCACAGCCCAUAUAAAAUCAAUGCAGCUGAUAUAAAUGGUUUAUUGAAUGAACUUCAAAAGUUAGGUCUAAACAAGGCCGCAUCAGCAGCAGCUGCAGCAGCUGAGAAGAUCAAAACAUCUGAAUCAUUGGCUGGAUCUGGUCCGGCAAAUGAUUGAAUAUGGGCCAAUUCAACGAAUCUGCCUCUUCUUGGCAUACCAAAAAUAAGGCCCAAAUAGGUUAAAGGAGAAAUUAAAAAAAGGACGAGGUGCAUAAUCUGGAAAUGAAGAUGAAAGGCUCGCAAGAGGAAGCUAUGUACCAGAAGUUGAGGAGUGAGCUGCUGCAUAAGUUGGCUGUAUUAGAAAACUAGAAUAAUAUCUUUUAUUUGAAAUCAGUUUCUAUCUUUCUGUUUGUAAUUAGUUAUUUUGUUUCCUUGUAUUGUGUGUAUCCUUUUAUUAGAUAGGUUUAGGUCAACCUAAUCUAUUGCAUAUGCUCAAUAAUUCUUUUUUAAUGUUAGAGAUGUUAUAAAAUAAUGUAAAACUAGAGAGAUAAA